CCUGCCCUCAAUUCCAAAUUGGACUCGCGUCUCGCGACAAACACGCUCAGGCUAAGUAUCAUACUACUGGAGAACUCCAGAAAUGCCGGUGGUCAGUUCUUCAAGGAGGAAGAGCGCGCGUUCUCGCAGGGAACCUUCUUCAGACAGAAUAGAAGAGGACUAUCCGUCUCAGCAUGCUGGUAACAACGAUGAUGUCGAAGGUGGAGAUGAAGAGGAAGAACAACCGAGGCGGAAGGUGAAGCAAGAAAAGAAGGCCCGAAAACGCGCUCGCGGAGACUCUGAGUCUGACAACGAUCCCCCUGCUGUUGUGGAUGAUGACGAGGACGAUCGCAUUGACAUCGAGAACUUUCAUGACCAGCCCCUAGACAAGAAAGAAGGCGGGAAGCUCUCCGGCAUUGCGCAGGACUGGGAAAUGAUCCGGAAGCAGAUACAUCAGGGUUCAUUCUCCCUCGCGAAGGAGGUGGCUACUUCCCUUGCAGACGUCUUGGAAGGAGAUAACGCAAACCAGGCUUUGUCAGAGGUUGAUGAUAUUAUGAAAACAUUAAUUGACAUCGACUACGAGAUGCAGUCACAUGAGAAAACUCUCAGCGGGAUGCACCAGCAGCUCAUGCGUGGCGAGCCAGUGGAGAGUGCCGUAGACCUCUAUGAGAAAGAGGUAAAGAAGAGGAUUAAUGAAUUCAACGAUAGAACCACUCGGAAGAAGUAUGGCUCGAACGAUCAAUACGUUCAGUUCAAGCAAGGCAUUUUUGAGGUCCAGAAGCCUGGCGAGAACAUACCUCCCAUCAAUGACUUUAUACCACGGGAGGAGGGAGAUGAAAGUGAUGACGAAGACGACCUAGAGAUCGGAGGAGUCACACAAGACUUCAAAUGUCCUAUCACCUUGACGAUGCUAGUGAAUCCCAUGAAAUCCUCCACUUGUGGCCACGCCUUCUCUGGAGAUGCUAUCCGGGAUUACCUGAAGAGAGGCCCUCCUUCUGGGAAGUCAUGUCCUGCCGCAGGCUGCAGUCAAAAGCUCACUAUGGCUAUGCUGGUUGCUGACAGUAGUCUGGAAAAACGGGCCAAACUUGCGGCAAGGAGGGCUCAGCGGGAUGAAGAUGACAGUGACGUUGACGAUGACGAGGUGAUAGAGUAAAUAAGCUUCCCUACGACUAAUCUUGGCCCGGCUGUACUUAGCUUACCCUAAUCAGAGAUCCUAAUGAAAGGGUUUUCCUGACAAG